CAUAGUAUUGUCAACCUUUCUCUCACAAACCAACAAAAUCAUAUUCAUUCUUCAUGGAAUGCUCAACAAAUACUCUCAUCAACUCCUUUCAACCCAAGGAAAAACACACUAGCUUCAACCACCAAAUUUCUUCUAGAAUCCGCCUAGCCACCGAACUAGACGUGCCACAUCUUUACAAACUUAUUACAGAAAUGGCAGAGUACCAUGGCCUAUCUCAAAUAUUCACUACCACGGAGACAUCACUUUACAACAAUUUAUUCAAAUCACCAAAUCCUCCUUUUCACUCUCUCACUGCCCUCAUCUUAGAAAUUUCUCCCAAACCUUUUCCUCAAAUCACAAAAUUAUCAGACCAUAGUACUACUUUUGUUCCUAUUAUCAAGAACAAUUACAACCUUGAUCAAAUGGAAAUUUUGGACCCCGAACUUGAGACCUAUAGAUCCGAAUUUAAUGAUUGUCAGAAUAAUAAUUGUAACGUUUAUGUAGCGGGUCAUGUACUUGUUUUUCCUAGCUACAAUGGUUUCUUUGAGAAGCCUGGUUUAUUUCUAGACCAAAUGUUUGUGAGGAAGUGUUAUAGGGGGAUGAGGCUUGGAAAAUUGUUAUUUUCUACUGUUGCAAUGCAGGCUGAAAAAAUGGGAAUGGGGAUGGUUGAUUGGCUUGUGGCUGAUUGGAAUGAAGAAACAAUAAAUUUUUAUGAGAAAAUGGGAGCUCAUUAUAUUCCUGAAUAUAGGCUAUGUAAAUUGUAUGGUGACAAGCUUCAAGCAUUUGGCAAUAAAAUAGAUUGAUGAUCACAUUUCAGCUUCUUAAAUACUAGCAGUGCUAGUUCUUUUGUUUUCUCUUAAGAUAUGCUGUACGAUUACAAUUUGAGAAUUGACGUAGGUGUAUUACUUUGAC